GUGCUGCGAAGAUUUCGCUCUGCUUGAUUGUAUGCACUAACACCAUGCUCAUCGCAAGUAAUUUCAUUCGAAGUGCUGCUGUGCGAGCCUUACACCAGGUCUGCUCGGGUAGCAUUCCGCACCGAGCUAUCAGCACUCAGUCUCCUCGCGUGGCCGUCCUGUUCCAGGCGAUCGAUCCGCCCGUCAUUGGGAAUGUUCGUAAGCCUUGCAAGCCCGGUGGGUACCGGGAUUCUGGCGCGGACAUUGCCUACACGCUCCGAAUCAAAGGCAUUGAAAGCAUUACGCCAGAUAUCUCUCCCAAACCCUCCAAUGACCAUGGCUGGUGUUUCGCCGACACAGAAGAAGGCAUACAGUCUGCCUUGGAAAAAGGCGCUACUCAUCUUUGGGCUAACACUAUCCUAUUCAAAUCCCACCCUCUCCAAAGCUCCCAGAAGCUCUCUUCUCGUGUCCCUGAUGUCUAUGUCGUGGGACAACCGCCGACCUUGGUCGAAAAAUUUGAUGACAAGGCAUACUUGAAUGGCAAACUCAAAGAACUCGGUGGCUACACGCUCCCACAGUCAUGGUUGGCAUCGAAUCCAGCAACUCUUGAGAAAUGUAUUUCGUCAAUCACUAAGCUCCCGGUCGUGGGAAAGCCAGUUCGUGGGCGGGGAAGUCAUGGUGUUAAACUUUGCCACAACCCAGAAGAGCUGAGAGAGCAUGUUCUCAGUCUGCUACAGGAAUCGCCAUUGGUUAUGAUCGAAGAGUAUCUGGCAGGCGAAGAGGCCACCAUCACAGUCAUGCCUCCGUCAUCUGAAAUGCCAGACUACUGGAGUCUACCACCGGUCACCAGGUUCAACCAUGCUGACGGCGUCGCCCCCUACAACGGCGCGGUAGCCGUGUCAGCUAACUCCCGGGUUGUUACUGAGAGUGAACUGAGAGAUUUGGCAUACGGAAAGGUAAUAAACGAAUGUGUGCAAGUCGCAAGGCUUAUUCGUGCCACCGCACCCAUUCGCAUUGACGCUCGACGGUUUAGUGAGGGGUCAGAAUUCGCUCUUUUCGAUAUUAACAUGAAACCGAAUAUGACCGGUCCUGGACGACCUGGACGUGAAGACCAAGCCAGCCUUACAGCCAUCGCAGCUUCAGCACUAGGAUGGGACUACGGGUCACUUUUGAUGAAAAUUCUCGCGACUGCUCAGCCUCUGUCCUCCUUACGUUUGUACCGCAGUCCGUUUUAGUGAUUUGGGUUCAAUCUACGUACACAUUGAAAUACCAUUUUGCAUCCGAUCACAACUUCCUAAAAAGUACAA